CACACUUUCUUUUGGAACUGAGUAUAAAAUGAAAUAAGUCGAAACGUGAAAUAAUUGACUUUUAUGAAAUUAGUCAAAACGUAUUAUGAUUAAAAGGCAAUUCUUACUGGAAAUAUGAAAAAUUUCUACAAACAUUUAUGUGAACGUAAAAAUAAUAUGCUAAUGUAUAUUAAUAUUUCUACGCAUUAGGUUUAAAUAGAACAUAACACAGUACAACCUCUCCAGAGCGACCCUCUCUAAAGCGAAAACGUCUCUAUAACAACAUCAUCAAACUUUCCUUAAGCUGAAAUAUACUAUCAAAUUUACUUCUCCAGAACAACAACCUCUACAUAACAGCCAAUAUUUGUAUUCCCCAAAGGGUGUUGCUCUACAGAGAUUGCACUGAUCAUUUAUAGCUGAAUUAUAGUAAAAAAAAAAAAACAACUGGACUGUCCUUGUUACUGUUAAUAAUAUGUUAAAGCGCGUUAAAUAUAACUAUGCCGAAAUUGACCAAAACGUGCUUUGAUAAUUUAUGAUAAAUAAGAUAAUUAUUUUAUGAUAAUUUGAAUCUACUUUUAUCAUUAAAGCAGCAAAUUCAGAAAAUUUGGAUAUUGGCGAUUCAACUGAACGUGUUUGUGUUGAUGCGCUACAAAAAUGUUACACUAUUAAAACAGUUGAGUCAUAUUCAUGGGAGGAUGCAGCAAUAAUGUGUCAAGAGUUGAAUGCAUCAAUGGUGAAAAUCAAAACAUUCGGAGAAAUGUCCUUAAUUAGAACCAUACUUAUACACCACUACAGAAAUGAAAAUGGAUUCUACAGACCCUCUUUAGCUUCAGAGGUUUUUAUAGGGCUACGCCGCUAUGUAGACUCAUCUGGUGUACAACGUGAACAUUGGCCAGACGGAACACCUUUGACAUUCACGGCUUGGGACGAUAAUGAACCAGCUGAUACACUUUUGAAUCAAUGCACAAAAAUGAGAUUUCAUACACCAGGCGUUAGCAGUACCUGGAAAACACAGUCUUGCUCACUAAAGGUUCCCUCAGGCAUAAAAAUGACAGCAAUGUGUGAACAAACAAUGAGUGGAACAAACUCCAUACUGAAAGAGCUUUUCCUAGACACUAAAGAUAUAAGUGAUAUUUUCGUCGGACGUAGAGAUGCGGCAACUAUGUUUAAAUGUUCGAGCGGAGAAUUGACAUCAGCUUAUGCAAAAUGUAAUGGCAUUUCGGAAUGCUUCGAUUCGUCUGAUGAAAUCAGUUGUAACAGACCAGAUGAUGGAUCUUGCUUAGAAGAGGAAUUCACAUGUCCAGACGGCCGUUGUAUUCAUGUUAGUAAAGUUUGUGACUUUGUUGAAGACUGUGUGGAAGCUGCAGACGAAAUUUGCGUAUUUCCGAGUUGUACAGAUGAUCAAUAUAAAUGUGCUAGUGGACAGUGUAUCCGCAAAGAUGAACGUUGUGAUUCAGUCAAAAACUGUCUUGAUGCAAGCGAUGAAACAAGUUGUGAUGUGUGUGAUAUAAGUAAAGCUUUCCAGUGUGGUGAUAGAUCGUGUAUUUCUGUGCGUCUCGUAUGCGACAUGCAUAGUGAUUGCCCGGAUGGUUCUGAUGAGAUGUCAUGUGACCGGGAGUAUAAAACCUGCGAAGAUAUAUGGCGAAGCGGAAUAACAAAUAGCGGUUAUUUCCAUAUAGGGCAGUCAUAUUAUAUCUAUUGCGAUUUUGAUGGUUUUGGAAAAGAUGGAGGGUGGAUGAAAAUGCAAUAUCUUAAUACCGAUUGGAAACAGCUGGCUGCUAAUAGAUUUCGUAUCGAAACAGCGGGUAUAAGUAACGCAUUACACAGAGGAUACAGAUGUAAUCAAAAGUUUUCCAGUUUGCCUCAUAGGGAAAGACUGAAAGUCAUGGAAUUAGACAAUAAAAAUUUCACGUUUAUAGAAAAGGAAUAUGAAAUGUAUGAUUCAUAUGAAGGAAACGAUGAACCAACGUUUUCGGUACGAAAAAAUAUCUACAAUAACAUGUUUUCUUCUUUUCUACUGGAAAUGUCGGAAGAUUUCGAUACUUCUGAAGACAGAAUGAAACUUGGAAUAGUCGAGUGCCACAAAUAUAUCUCAAAGCAAGAUGUAUUAAGACAACCAACAAUAUUUUGUCGACAUGGAGUUAAGUCUGUCAACCGGUCGCAACAGUGUUUGUACCAUAAAGAUAAAAAUGACGUCAUAGACGGUUGUCGGUCUCUUUCUCAUCUUCAGAACUGCGAAAAUUUUUCAUGUCCAGAAGACUACGCCAAAUGUCCUGGUAGCUUCUGCAUACCAUUGAUGUAUGUGUGUAACGGUAGAAUAGACUGUCCUGAUGGAUAUGAUGAAAAAGUUUGUGCCUGCAAAAACGAGCAAAGAAAAAUUAUUAUAAUGACACCGGAAUCAAAUGACGGUACGAGAUUUCUAGAGAUAGCGGCUAGACUUGGAGGACUAAUGUUUACAGAAAAAAGUGAAGUGAAUGUUGUAAAAUAUAAACCAAUCGGAACGAACUUCCCAGCAAACGAAAAUAGUUCUUUCAUAACCCUUCGUAUUUCGGAUAUAUUGUCAAAUAGUGAGCAUUACAGAAAACCAUUCAAAAGUAAAGACCUAACUGAACAAGAUAUUAAAUAUUUCUUAGACAACUUUUAUGGAGACGUAAAUGAACAUGUUACUUUCGGAAUUAUAUUGUUAACCAAUGAAAAUACACAGUCCAGUUCAGAAAGUGUUAUAUUUUCGCAGAUUGAUCAAAUGGAAAAAGGCUCUUUAACAGCAAUUUUCAAAUACCGUGUAGUUAUUAAUAGGAAUGCAAAAACUGAAACUUCCUAUAUUAACAAAGGCAGUUUUAAAGAAAUAAAUGUGAGAAAUGCUGAUAUUCUUGGAACAAUUGGAACUCAACUUUUUCCGGAGUUAUGUAACGGUAAGAUAUUUGCAACUUUUCCCGGAGUUAUGUAA